AUGGCUGCCCCUGUGGAAGUGGGCGAGGGAGCGGCCCACCUAUCUCGGGCCUCAGAGGGGCGGGCCCCGGAAACCAAAGGGCUUCAACGGACCAGUGGGGAGAGACAAGGGGCCGGAACUAGCGAGGGCGUCGGCUGCAGGGCAUAUACAUUUGGUAUCUGGUGCAAGGUACAGAAGGAGGGGAGGAGGAUGGCCUCUCAGGUGUCCACGUAUCCUAGUGGCCCUGUGCUGGCCGAGCUUUGUGCACCAGGGUUAGGUAAUCCCUUCUCACUGGGCCUAGCCCUGCACAAGCAGAAAAUUCCUGCUACCGGAACCAAGGUGCUGCAGGGAUUGAAUGUGUCUCGGUCGGAUAUUGUUACUGGACCCAGGCGAGGUGUUCCGUCAGUGUUUCCAGACGCCGGGAGAUCGCUACAGCUUGGGUGGGUCUUCAGCUUGCACAACUACCGGCCGCAGCAGCAAAGGAUGAACGGCGCUCUAGGAAAGGUGCUGUGUCCAAGGAAUGAUACCAUUUUUAAGCAAGUCUUUUCUCUCUUAAGAUUCAGAACUUCAGGAGAAAAUCCCAUCUGUUCUGCAGAUAAAUUCCUGGAAUUGAAAUUGCUGAGUCAAUGGAUUGUGAUUAAAAUUUUUGGUGGCAUUCUGUUGAGCACCAGUCGGCACUACAAGACAAAGCCUACCCAUGGCAUUGGAAGAUAUAAGCACCUAGUUAAAGCCCAGGAGCCCAAGAAGAAGAGAGGAAAAGUGGAAGUGAGACCCAUUAAUUUGGGAACAGAUUAUGAAUAUGGGGUUUUAAACAUUCACCUGACUGCAUACGACAUGGCCCUGGCAGAGAGUUAUGCCCAAUAUGUUCACAACCUCUGCAACCAUCUAUCCAUUAAAGUUGAGGAAAGUUAUGCGAUGCCCACCAAAACCAUGGAGGUAUUGCGGCUGCAAGACCAAGGCAGCAAAACGUUCUUGGACUCAGUUCUUACCACCCAUGAGCGAGUGGUUCAGAUCAGCGGUUUGAGUGCUACAUUUGCAGAGAUUUUCUUGGAAAUAAUCCAAAGCAAUCUUCCUGAAGGAGUCAGAUUGUCAGUGAAGGAGCACACUGAAGAAGACUUCAAAGGAAGGUUCAAAGCUCGGCCAGAACUAGAAGAACUGUUGGCUAAGUUGAACUAGCUCAUUGCAAACCCUUUCAAGCCAGGACUGGUGAUAUUGAGUGCCAAGGGGAAGAGCUUCCUGGGUGGUCAAAAUUAAGAGGAUCCUUUAGAUAUUGUAACUUCCCAUCCCCAUUAGCCAGGAAUGCCUCCUCUCUUAUAUGGAGGAGUGUUGCCGAUUACCACUUUCCUUUGAGCCAACCUAAGACAUCCUUCAUCUAAUAAAAAUCUGCAGCUGGUGGA